UAGACCCCAUUUGCGCGGAGUGCGCAUGCGCACCAACUAGCCACCGCCGGCCGGACGCGGUACGCAUGCGCCGUAUGCUCCUUCCGCCGGCGGACCCGGUGCACGUUAAUCGGAGGGUCCCUGUGUCAUAGAAAAGAUGUACGCUGUGGCCUUCGUGUAGGAUCGGGCAGACGAUGAUGGUGGAGAGAAGGCGAGUAUUCAAGCAAAAGGUUUUACAGAAGUUGUAUUUUUCAUCACCUCUUGAAGAAAAGACAAAUGAAGCCCCAACCAAAAAAUCAAGCACAAAGCAAGAGAAGAGGGAACUGGAGAGAAACAAAUCUACGGAAACAAAAGGUACUGCCCAGAUUGAUCCUGAAUGCAGGAAAUUGUACACAGUAAGCCUGCCCCCUCCUGGAUAUGAAGAGUCUGCACCUGAACCAAAUGAGCAGCGUGAACCUCAAGAAUCAAGUGAAGAAGAAUCGGAAGAAAGGCAUUCUGCAGAAAAAUUCCACAGAAAGCACAAGCGGAAAAGAAAACUCAAGGGCUUGGUGCAUAAAGACUUCUGUGAAAAGACAAACACAGAAUUUCAGCAGCCAGCAGAUUUACAGACUGACAUCUUACAAACUUUGACAUAUUCUGAAAAGCCAAAAACUGAAAUGUUAACUAAAAACAGGAGAAGGAAACUCAAAAAGAAACGACAUAAAGAAAAGCUGAAAGCAGCUGGACUGGUAUCAAAAGCUGCAGCUGUGGAAUUAAUUUAUCAACCAGUCGAGGGCAGUAAUAGUGAUGUUGCUGGAGCUGAAGAAGCAGCUGAGGUCAUUGACUGAAGUACAACCUUGGAAUUAUUCUUCUCUGUUGUACAUUGCUACUUUUAAUAAUCUUGGAUAAUUUCUUUUGCAGCAUUGAUUUUCAGUCAGUACUCCCACUAUUCAGAAGCCAAAGCACAUAAUUUAAUUGCAAGGUGUGAUCGGUUAACACUUACAUCAACAUUGUUUUGGGGAAAAACAGUUUUCUUUUUCAUUGUGCAUAUUAUUUCAUAGAGAAAAUUUUAAGUAAUUAUACUUUUGUAUCCUUUUGCUUGAGAUGAUGAUCAUUUUACUUGCCAUGCAACUAUCAUUAACUAUAUUUUAGUCUUGAAUAUUCAUAACAGAAGGCUGAGAAAAAGAAUUGUAUUUUGUUCAGUUCUAAUUAUUUGACAUCAUUAUGCAAUUGUCUUAGUAUAGAAUUAAAUUAUUUUGAGAGAUAAUUUGUUUCCACAUUUUUAUGUAGAUAAUUUACAAAUGUUACAAUUAGAAUAUAAUUAUUUCUUUGCUAUCUGAAUACUACAUUAAACUGUUCCUGUCU